ACGAAGAAGGUGUUGAACUUUAAAGACUCCAUAACUGACUUUUAUCAUCAUCAUGAUCCAUUAUCCAACAACCACCCAUGCCCAAACUUGCAAUAAAAGACAGCAAUCGAUGUCUUCUCACUUACACACCUAUGUCAUCUCCAUCAUAUCUACUACUUGAUAGGAUCAGACAUCUUCAGCACAAUUACGCACAAGCUCUUUCUCUUUCUCUUUUGUUACAUUUGUCUCGAACUCUUAUCCAAUUCGAAUCUCUUACCAUAAAUUUUGCUUCAUUCCUCCAAGAAUCUUGAUUUCGUCACUUCCUUUUAUACACUUCUCCUCUGUUUUGCUUUCUCUGUUUUAAAGUGAGAGAAAAAUGGUAUUGUAAGCUCCAUUAUUCUGUAAUACUUUUUUUAUGGAUUUGUCUUUGGGUAAAAAGGGUUUCAGUUUUGCUCAGAGAAACAAGAAGUGGAUCUUACUUGCACUCAGUGGUUACGGCGCCUUUAGGGUUUAUCACUCUCCUUCUGUCUCCCACAAAAGAAAACAAAUCUCUAAGCUCUUCACUCUCCUCUUCAAACUCAUCGAAGCAGCCUCUCACUCCGCCGAAGCUGUUAGCUUGAUCACCAAGGAUCUAACGGAGUUUCUAAGAUCAGAUUCCGACCAAAUCCCAAACAGCUUGAAACAGAUCUCCAAACUCGCCAACUCGGAUGAGGUCAACUCCUCCUUGGUCAGAUUCACACAAGCCGUGACAGUCGGGUUGCUCAGAGGUUACCGGUUAGAUGAAUCCGGGUCCGGUUUUACGGAUCGGGUCAUGGAUAAGCUUUUCACUAAAACCGGGUCCGGUUUCGCUUCGGUUAUCGUCGGUAGCUUCGCUAGAAACUUGGUCGUCGCGCUCUACUCCGCAUCAUCAUCCUCCGGCGAGUCGAAAUUGCUCGACGCGAUUUGCUCCGACGACGGGAGGAAGCUAAUCGGCGAUUGCGUUCAGCGUUUCGUUAGCACGGCGGUUUCGGUUUAUCUCGACAAGACCACGGAGGUUAACGUGUUUGACGAUUUAUUCGCCGGUUUAACCAAUCCGAAACACGGACACAAGGUUAAGCAAACGCUAGUAACGGUAUGUAACGGUGCGGUUGAAACGUUCGUGAGAGCGUCGAGAAGAAAAACCACAGAACCGGAAUCGGACCGGACGUGGAUCGAUGUGGUAACGUCGUCGUUGUCUGUACCGAGUAACCGGAAAUACGUUGUGGACUUAACCGGGAGGGUAACGUUCGAGACGGUUAGAUCUUUGUUAGAAGUGUUGAUAGAGAGAGCGAACGGGAAAGUGGAGAGUUAUGUGGAGAAAGUUAGAGAGAGGGGAAAUGAGACGAGGAGAUUCGUCAGAGUGAAAUCAUCACUUCUUCAUAGUUUAUGUUUGUCUCUGUGUUUACAGAUUGUUGAAGCUCCAUGGAUACUGACUCCGAGAAACUGAUCAGGCUACAAAACAAGAACCUGUUUUUUUUUUGUCGUUCAAUACUACACUACGCUUUUGUGUGUUUUGUUCGGUCAUUCUUGGAUACACAUAUCACACUGACAAAUUCCAUGUGAACUGCUCUUUUUCUAUAAUUGGAGAAGAAAUUAUUGUUUUUGAUUUUGGAAAAGGGGUAUGGAUAGGGUUCGGUUUGAAUGUUUUAGAUUUGGAUGUUUGGAUAAUGAUAAAGCGUGGGACAUUAUUUUGUGGAUAAAUAUGGUAUGGAUAUAGUGUAUUUGGUGGUGA